AUGUAUGGGCCGCUCCGAGGCAUAGGCUAUGCCUUCGAUUAUAUCGACGAUGCCUCUCGGGAGGCCGUCAUAGAGUACGUGUGCCCCGACAAGUAUCGAGCAUGGAACUUCCGUCCUUGUGGACCUGGCGGACAUGGGUCCAUGGAGUUUCGUCGCGCUCCGGGGGUUGUCCGGCCUCAAACGGCCAUCCACUGGAUUGCCUUUACGAUGGCCUCCAUUGACAUGGCCAUUCAGUAUAGCCCCGAUUCCCUGGCUGGGCAAGUGCGCCAAUCGACAUACCUGCCCGAAGUGUACCAUCCGGACUUCAGGGUCACUCCGAUAGAUUAG